AUGUCUUCGACCACCUCUGACGAAUCUAAUGAAAAUGAACAAUCCGAGAAACAGCAAAGAUUUCCUGCAAUUCUUAUAAUUGGUGAAGUUGGUGUGGGAAAAAGUACUGUAGCUAAUAUGAUUGCUGGCAAAUAUCGUGAUGGUGGUCCAUUUACGAAAUCAGAUGAAGUUCAACCUUAUCCAGUUACAAUAAAUGGAAUAAAUUAUAUUUUGAUUGAUACACCGGGUUUAAUUCUAUCAGAAGAUCAGGAUCAAUCAAGUAUUGAUAUUAUAUCACAGAUUGAUGAACUUAUUCAAAGUAUUGAUCAGUACCUUGAAAUUGUUUCAAUUAUAUUAGUAUUAGAUUCAAACAGAAUGUCUAAAACUCAGAAACAAAAUUUUCGUCAAAUUGUAACUGCCUAUUUGAACAUUAUAAUAAUAGUAUUCACAAAAGGUACAUACAAUCAAACAACUUCAAGGCAAUACAUGGAAACAACAUUUAAUACUGAAUUAAGAGGAACUGUUGGUAAACGUGGCAUAAUUUCUGGUCGUUGGGUAAUUAUUCCAAAUCCUGAUGAUACUAUAUUUCCUAUGACGAGUAAUGGAAAAGAAAAUGAACAUAUCUUGAAAAAUUUAUCUUUACUUAAUAAAUUAAUUAUUUCUUUAACUCCUCCAAAAUAUCAAUUAACUACUGGUGAACCUGAGAUAAUUGGUUUAAAUAAACUUGAUUUAGAACGUGGUUAUAUUUGUGGAAUGCAUAAGAGAUCUUUUACUGAAGUUAUUAUAGGUUUUUUCUUAUUCUUAACCGCUUCUACUCUCGGUUUAGCUUAUAUACUUUAUUAUGAUGUUAUUGAUGAUUCUCCUUAUAGAUGGGUAUAUGGUGGAUUUGGUAUUGCUUCAACUAUAUUGUUCUUUCUUUUUGUUUUAUGUGUUUAUUGCAUUAGAAUUAAUCAAGUUCAUGGAAUUUAA